AUGGAAUCUCCACUUCAAGAACAGAGUGAGAACGCUGUGUUUGAAUCGCUGUCUGGGACAAUCUGCCUUCUCCGUUAUUGGGCGGUCUUCAGCGCAUUCAAUCCUCUCCACUUGAGGGGAAUUGUCCUCAUGCUGAUUGAUGAGCAGCUCUGCAUCAAAAGCACCAACAAACCUUACGUGAAGGCUGGAUUUACAAGCUCGCGCAUUUUGAAGUCCGGAAAUCGCGCAGACUAUAUAAACUCACAUCGCAGGCUCUUUCUAGCAUGUUUACGCCAUUAA